AUGAACGCGCAGUGGCUGCCCACCGUGCAGGCCCUGCACUUGACGGCUACUGCUGCGCAGGGUAGGCGACGGGAGGACGACGUCCUGCUGUUGCGAGGUGUGGCAGAUGCUCUUGGCAAGAAGAUCAAAACCGCCGUGUCUUCUGAGGUGAAGGCCGUCAUGGAGAGCGAGGCGCAGGGGAUCGCCGAUGCCGUCGACUUCGCGCUCCAGGAUCCAGCUUCGGUGGUCGGGAAGACCGGUGGGCAGCCCGUGGGGGACAAGCAACCACAGGCCCCGACCGAUCCGCCGAGCGCACACGACGCGCCACCGAGCUGCGACCAGGCGAAUCUUGCCGACGAGCUCAUGGGAGAGGCAUCCGUGGUCGCGAAGCAGGGCUGGCAGCCAUUGGCGGACCAGCAUCCACAGCCCGAGGCCAGUCCGGCGACUGCACAAGGCGCUCGACCGAGCGGCGGUACGGCCCAGAUGGCCGACGACCUGCACCUCGCAGCGGUGGUUGGCCAGCCGCGCGGGGAGCCCGUUGCAGGCCAGCAUGUUCAACCCUCGACGAGUAUGCCGACUGCGCGACCGACCGGCGUCACAGCGCAGCUGACCGGCGACCUCCUGCGCCCCGCAGCGGUGGUCAGACAGCAGGGCGGGCCGCCCGGUGCGGGCCAGCAUCUUCACCUGUCGACGAGCACGGCGACCGCACAAGACGCGCGACCGGGUGGCGUCUCGGCGCUGGUCGACGAGCUCUUGCGCUCAGCAGCGGUGGUCGAACAGCAGGUCUGGCAUGCCGGGGCGGGCCAGCAUCUCCCCACCACAACGAGUCCGGCGACCGCACAAGACGCCCGACUGGGUGGCGUGACGGCGCUGGUCGACGAGCUCUUGCGCCCAGCAGCGGUGGUCGGACAGCAUGUCGAGCACGCCAUGGCGGGCCAGCAUCCCCACACCGCGACGAGUCCUGCGACUGCACAAGAUGCGUGA